UUCAUCUGUCGCCAUAUUUGAUGCAUAAUUAUUUUUUAAAAAAUUUCUUCUUAAGUGUGAAAAUUGCUGAUUUAUGAUGAUAGAAGUUAACAGUGUUCGAUUUUUGACUAUUGCUUAAAUCUUUUUAGCAUAAAAUACAAAAUCUAGAAAAAAAAUUAAGUUUACUUUUCUGGUAUAUUUACUGUAACUAGAAAUCUUACUUCAAAAUGGCUUCAAGAUUCCAAGCUGUUCCUACCAAUACAUCUUCAAAACCUUUAAUUGUAGUGAAAAAAGAUGAAAUGUGUGGAAUUGGAUCUUGUACCCCAAGGUGGUUACAAAGGUUUGCAGAUCCUAAAGUUUAUCUUCUGGUAUUUUGUGCUCUUGGUAUUCUUCAAGGAGCGUAUUUUACAUAUUUCAUCGGUGUAAUAACAACUUUGGAAAAAAGAUAUGCAUUUGAAAGCAAAGUGACGGGUGUCAUAAUGAUCGCCGAUAAUUUAAGUCCUAUAUUUACUAGUUUACUUUUUGGAUACUACGGUGGUAAAGCCAAUAAACCAAAACUAAUAGCCGGCAGUAUGAUUCUUGUAAUAAUUAGCUGUUUUGCGAGUGCUAUACCGUAUUUUAUAUAUGGACCUGGUCUGCAUAUACUGUCGAAAUCUGUAGAUUCUUUAUCGAAAAUUAACAGAGAAUACUGUGAUUUAGAAGACAGAAAUGAAGGCUGUAAUCCGAGCGAAGUUGCUUCUCUACAUCCAGCUGUAAUAAUUCUUUUUAUCGCUAAUUUUUUAAACGGUUUUGGAUAUACAGCAUUCUAUACAGUUGGAACUCCCUACUUAGAUGAUAAUGUGAAAAAGAAGAAUUCACCUCUUUAUUUUAGUGCAAUGGCAGCAUUAAGAAUCUUCGGACCUGCACUUGGAUUUCUUUUGUCAUCAUUCUGUCUGAAAUAUUAUGAGGAUCCAUUCUAUGAUCCUGGUAUCAAUGCGUACAAUCCUCGUUGGGUAGGGGCAUGGUGGAUGGGAUUUUUUAUUCUCGGUUUUGCCCUCCUUAUUUUUACACUUCUCCUAGCUCUCUUCCCAAGGCAGCUUCCGGAACGCUUCAGGUCUGAGAAGAAGAAUGUCGUCGAAGAGGAUACAGACACAGAACUACCUAAGAUAAAAGAUUUCCCAAAAGCGGUGAAGAGAUUAAUGAAAAAUCCUAUCCUAGUAUGUCAUGUAAUCAGCAUUACAUUUCAAGUAAAUGGAUUCGCUGGUUACUUCGUUUUCAUGCCGAAAUUCAUGGAAGCUCAAUAUCAGCAAUCAGCAUCUGAUGCGAGUUUGUUUUCGGGAGCUACUGGGAUCAUAUCUAUGUUGCUCGGAAUUUUGAUAGGAGGUUUCAUGAUCAAGAAGUAUAAGCCUCGUCCCCGUUACUUAACUGCAUAUAUGGUUAUCGUAGAAAUAUUUUCUGUCGUUGGACUUCUGAUUUCAAUAUUCCUUGGAUGUCCACCGUUGCAGCUGCCGGGAACCAGUGUGAAUAAAGAUGAAACACUGACUCUUUACAAUGAAUGCAAUGCUGCAUGCGGCUGCACCAGGAGAGUUUUUGAACCAGUAUGUGGUGCUGACGGGGUUUCAACGUUCUUUUCUCCAUGCUUUGCUGGUUGUCCAAACCUUACUGGACUGCUGCCACCCAUGACCACGCCUACAAUUUCUACGAUAUCUAAUUUAACGGUGUUUCAAGACUGCAGAUGCGUUGCAGGAUUUAAUAACACAUUUGAGACAAAUUAUGUGACUAGUGGAUUCUGCUCAUCGGGCUGCAAUAUGUUUAUAGCGUAUAUUAUCAUGCUGUGUGUCAGCAAAUUUAUCUCAUCGACAGCUAGAGUAGGAAACACUCUAAUAACCUUCAGGUGUGUUGAUUCCAAAGAUAAAAGUUUUGCUCUUGGCGCAUUUGGAAGUGUUUUGGCUAUGUUCGCUUUUAUUCCAUAUCCCUUGAUUUAUGGGGCUUUGACGGAUUCUACUUGUCUGGUGUGGGAAGAAAGUUGUUCAAAGACUGGUAAUUGCUGGUUGUACGACAGCGACAAGUUCCGCUUUUACUUGCAUGGUAUGUCCAUGUUGCUUAUUAGCAUCGGCAUAUGUUUCGAUGUGGUUGUCUUUCUUUUGAGUGAUCGCAUGAGUAAUUUCUACGGUGAGGAGGAUGAGAAGUCGCACACUGAGGACAGAUUAGCCAGAUGGAUCAAAGAAGAGGAAGAAGAAGAUGUGAUUUUCACUAAAUGUUCCAAAAGAGAACCAGUGCUUCAAAUGGAACCUAUUAUAUAGAAAGAAGUUCUGCUUCAGAUUAAAAUCUCCUAAAGACUUUUCCAUGAGAGGAAAAAAAUUGUAAUAUUCAAUAUUGCUCGUAAGAAAUGUGUUAAUGUGUUUAAUAACAUACGUAUUUUCACUUUUAGUUUAAGAAGCAUGUGGCCUUCAUAUGAGUUGAAUAAGGGUUAAAUAUUUAGAUUAAAGCAUUUCUAAACUCGAAAGAGACAA